AUGGAUAAGCAUUUCUGCCCCCAAUUUAUGUUUCUAGGCCUACUUUUAACCCCAUUCUUUCCAAAACUUGCACCUUUGCAUUUCACCACUCUAAGACCAAAUGCAACAGCAAGAGAAGUUGCCCAUGAAAAUGAAGUUGUUGCUUUGCUGAAGUGGAAAGCCAGCCUUGAUGUAAACAGCCAAUCACUCCUCUCAAGCUGGGAUUCGAAUGGAAGCAACCCUUGUAAUACUUGGAUCGGCAUUCGCUGCAAUAAGGCUGGAAGAGUUGGCUAUGUUAAGCUCAGUGAUUUUGGUUUAAGAGGUAGAUUGCAUGAUCUUGAUUUCUCAUCCUUGAACCAUGUAGUUUACCUUGACAUGUUUAAUAACUCUUUAUACGGCACCAUUCCCUCAAAUAUCGGUAACCUUUCUAAGCUCCACUAUCUUGAUCUGGCUCUCAACUUCCUUUCAGGACCGAUUCCACCAGAAAUAGGUUUACUAACAAAUGUUUGGUAUUUCAGCCUGUACCAUAAUAACAUCACAGGUUCGAUUCCCCAACAAAUUGGAUUACUAAGGAAGCUUGUUACAUUUGACUUGGGAUUCAACUAUAUCACAGGAAUCAUUCCCAGCUUCAUUGGAAACCUCACUCAUCUCUACUUUCUUGCCCUGCCUAAUAAUGGGCUUUCAGGAUGUAUUCCUUCCACCAUUUUUUCAAACCUGACAAAUCUCCAGUAUUUGUAUCUCUACAGCAAUCAAUUAUCUGGUCCAAUCCCUGGUGAAGUUGGCAUGGUAAGGUCUCUUCGGGAUCUUGAGUUGGCCGACAACCAUCUAACUGGUCAAAUCCCAGCAUCUAUAGGGAAUUUGAGCAACUUAAUUGACCUAAUUCUUCGUGUAAACCAAUUAUCAGGACUCAUACCUGAAGAAAUUGGCAAGCUACACUCCAUGUAUGAUCUUCAAUUAGGUGCUAACAAUCUAGAGGGUAAUAUUCCCAGCUCCAUUGGCAAUUUGGGACGAUUGAAAUACUUGAGCCUUUACGACAAUAAUUUUACAGGCAAAAUCCUGAGUAGCCUGAAAAAUUGUACUAGGCUAUACAGAAUUGAUCUUAGAAGCAACGAAUUUUCUGAAAACAUAUCACAAAAUUUUGGCAUGUAUUCGAAUUUAAAUUACAUUGACUUGAGUGAUAAUAGUUUCUAUGGGGAACUGUCUGUAACAUGGGGUCAUUGUCGGAACUUGACUGGCUUCAAGGCCUCCAACAACAAUCUUUCAGGGAAGAUACCAGAUGAGAUAGGAGGGGCAUCUCAAUUGGAAGUGCUAGAUCUCUCCUCAAAUCGAUUAACUGGGAGAAUACCCCAAAUUUUUGACAAGUUCAUUUCACUGUUGGACCUAAGGUUGAAUAACAACAAACUUUCAGGGGAUAUUCCAUCAACAAUUGGCAAGUUGUCUAAACUUCUACAUCUUAAUUUGGCCGAGAAUAACCUUAGUGGUCCAAUUCCCCUGGAAAUAGGAGAGUGCAAAGAGCUAUUGGACUCGAACCUGAGCCAAAAUGCACUUACUGGAAAAAUUCCUUUCCAGAUUGGAGAAAUGAAUUCUCUGGAAACUGUCGAUCUCAGCCACAACAUGCUGAUUGGUGAGCUACCACAGCAGUUGGGAGAACUAAAGAGCUUUCAGAUAAUGAAUUUCUCACAUAAUGAGCUGUCAGGUUCGGUACCUUCAAGCUUUAGCCAAUGUUUGAGCUUGGUUUUGGUUAAUAUAUCAUACAACCAACUGGAGGGUCCUCUUCCCAACAUUGCAGCAUUUCGGAAAGCCCCAUUUGAUGCCUUGAGGAAUAACAAAGAUUUGAAGUAA